AGUGUGUGUGACAGUGCUUGUCCUUGCACUUUUCUCAUAGCUUGUACAGUAGGCUUCAAGCCUCUGGAACGUCUUCAUCUUCCAUCACAAGAUCUAUCAGAGGGAUAUCAGUAGUAGAGUUUUGUAGCAGACAUUGGUGGCACCGGUUCUCCUGUGGGUUACUUAACUGCUGAGGACCUUGAGCUAGAACACAUCUCUUGGAUUGCCCAUAACUUUACAGGACAGAUGCAAAAAAAACCCAACCAGCUCCACUCCCUUUUGACGAUUUUAAGCUGACACAGCAACUCCAGCGAACAGCACGAAGAUAAAUGCAGAUGUGUGGAAACUUCUCCUACUUUCUAGCUGCAGUAGUGUAUCUGAUUGUUUGUAGGGGAUAGUAUUUAGUGAAUGCAGAUCUUUGUUUUACUUGGAUGUGUUUGAAAAACAUAUUGCCUGGUCGCUUGCCUUCAACAUAACCAGAUCUGAUUCUAGAAUCCAUUGACUCAAGGGAGCAGCUGGUUGUGUGCACCAACAGGAACCACUGCACUGCUGUCUCAUUUGCAAAAGACUGUGCUAUGUGCAAUUGAAAGGUCUCAGGAUCCUGAGUUCCUGCCAUCUACACAGUGGUGUGAACUUUUUAAACCGUGUCGUAUGUAUGUGGUUUUCUCUCUCGUUCUUGGUGUUGAGAAGGGUGCAGAAACCUCAGAAGACAACAUAGGACGCAGUUUCUUCUUCUCAUGCGCUCAACCCCCACCCUUCUCCACCACCCCUGCAAUUCUCAUAGCAGACAGUAACUUCCUGAGCCUCUGAUCUUUCGCACGACUGUUUUUUUGAGAACAGAUUAGUGAUAAACUGAGCACAUUGAGAAAAGCCUCUGCACGGAGAACUGCUCAUCGCUUGCUUUCGUUGCUUUUGAUAGGACUUGAGAAGAAGUUCAACCAGUGCUAAGUUCAUAGAAAGCCUGUCCCUUGUCCCCUUAUAGACCCGACCCCCGGAGGCUUCUUCUUCACUAACCCGUCUACUGUUGUAAUGCGUAUUCCCGUAGACCCCAGCACCAGCAGGCGCUUCACCCCACCGUCAACAUCAUUCUCCUGCGGAAAGAUGGGAGACAGCAAUGGGACCAUCAGCUCCUCUGGCUCGGGCAGGGCAAGGUCAGAGAUCCGGACAGUGGUGGAUGUUCUAGCAGAUCACGCAGGAGAACUGGUCAGGACUGACAGCCCGAACUUCUUGUGCUCUGUCCUGCCUUCUCACUGGAGGUGCAACAAAACCCUUCCCGUUGCCUUCAAGGUUGUAGCUUUAGGAGAUGUUCCUGAUGGCACAGUGGUCACUGUCAUGGCUGGCAAUGAUGAAAACUAUUCAGCUGAGCUUCGCAAUGCCUCAGCUGUUAUGAAGAAUCAAGUGGCUCGAUUCAAUGACCUACGAUUUGUUGGGAGAAGUGGAAGGGGCAAAAGUUUUACGUUGACAAUUACAGUUUUCACAAGCCCAACGCAAGUCGCUACGUACCACAGAGCCAUCAAAGUCACGGUAGAUGGACCACGAGAACCUAGAAGGCACCGCCAAAAGCUUGAAGAGCAAAGCAAAGUCUUCCCUGACCGGUUUGGUGAACUGGAGCUUAUGCGCCGACAAACUCUCAGGGUCCAGUCUAACCCGAAUCCUCGGCCCACUCUAACAAACCCAAACCACUUCAGCAACCAGACUCAGACUCAAAUACAAGCAACCGAUCUCAGCCCUUUCUCAGAUCCACGACAGUUUGAUCGCUCGUUCUCUGCUCUUCCAUCACUUACUGAGUCCAGGUUUUCAGAUGCACGCAUGCAUUACCCUGCAGCCAUGUCUUCUGCAUUUUCAUACACUGCUUCACCCACAACAACUGGAAUUGGAGGCAUUAGCAUGACUGGCAUGCCAACAGCCACACGUUUUCAUCACACUUACCUUCCACCCCCAUACCCUGGAUCCUCUCAAAACCAAAGUGGACCAUUUCAAACAAACGCUUCCCCCUACCAUUUAUACUAUGGUACAUCAUCUGGCUCGUAUCAGUUUUCAAUGGUGGCAGGAGAGCGCUCUCCAUCAAGAAUGCUAUCUUCUUGCACCAGUGUGGCAGCUGGGAACAAUUUGAUGAACCACAACCUGGCCAACCAAGCUGAUGGAGUAGAUGCUGAUGGCAGCCAUAGCAAUUCUCCUACAACUAUGACCACAAGUGGAAGGAUGGAUGACCCUGUCUGGAGACCAUACUAAAUUAAUUCUGAGCAAAACCGUAUAUUUAUGAACCUUUUAAUGCUACAAGAGUCUUGAAUUUAAUAUUUUUCCUCUAACAUUUGUCUAGAAAUGAGUGUAUGCUAAUUGUUGUGACAGGCAUCAUAAAAAGACCAGAAAGUGAAAUAAAGACAUUUGGCCACUUGAACAAGCCCAACAACUACUCAAGGACUUGGCUAUGUAAUAUUAUCAUCUCACUCUGAACAAUGCAUUGCCCUAAGGAAGUGAGUUAAAACAGGUUCCCACAAGUGAUUGAACUGAAAACUACUCCAGUUACAGUAUAUAUAUAUAUAUCUGGUGUUAAUAUGUUAAUGAGUCUUUUGUUUACAGAUAAUGAAGGAAUGCAGUUGAUCUGGGCUCUUUCAGAAGGGUUUCCUCCUUAGACCUCCUCUCCUUAGCUUCAAAACAAGCCCUAGAAUGAGAUGGCUAAAUCCCACAGUAUUACCUGUAUGUCUAGUCUGUUCUGAAUAUUGACUGGAUGAAAUCAUGUAAUUUAUAAUAGAAUACAUCAAGAAGAGCACUCUCAGACA